UGGUUUCUGUAGCACUUCUGAGAGAUCUCCAGCCCCUAACUGGAGGUUGGCACGGCCGGUUCUUGUCUAGUCUCCAGAUGCGUUAAAACGGCUUUUCCUCGCGCGCAUCGAACCCGUGCGUUUUUUACGCGUGGCUUUUAACGCUUGCCUUCCAGCAGGGGGCAAGCAAGGACGCGUGAACUCGUGCGCGCUCCCGAGCAGAAAGAGCCCUUUUCUUUGCCUGAAAGCAGGAAGUGCAAAGCUCUGGACCGGCUGGGCGUCCUAGCAUCUCCCAGCAACUCUCCCCAGGCUAUCCCCUUUUCACCGUUGCCGUCGUCUGAAAUUGCUCCUCGCGGGUCAGUUGCUUGGAUUGCAACAGCAAGGCCUCGACUUGAUCCAAUGGCUGUUCAGCCCCCAGUGGCCUCGCUUAACAAUGCUGAGCUCAUAGAAGAAUAUGACAUCAUUACCGAUGAGGACAUUGAAGAGAUUAAAGAUGCUCUUAAAGGAGGGAGGAUGGCAGACGCGGCGUCCAAGAUUUUGGAAAACUUGCAGGCACUGGAGAAUGCCCGUCUUGAUAUUGCAGUAACAGGAGAGUCUGGUUCUGGCAAGUCCUCUUUUGUCAAUGCCAUUCGGGGCCUAGGAGAUGAAGAUGGUGGAGCUGCCGACACAGGGGUGGUAGAGACCACGGUAGAGCCCACUCCUUACCCACACCCCAAGCACCCCAAUGUGACGGUAUGGGACUUGCCGGGAAUUGGUACCCCUGAUUUCCAGUCCGACACUUACCUGGAAAAGGUGAACUUCUCCCGCUAUGACUUCUUUAUUCUUAUCGCCUCAGAGCGCUUCAAAUCCAACCAUGCCCGCUUGGCUCGAGAGAUUCAAAAGCAGGGCAAACGCUUUUAUUUUGUACGUUCCAAAGUAGAUGCGGACCUGGAGGCCAGCAGAAAGCGGCGGCCACGAGCCUACGAUGAGGAGGCAAUUCUGCAGCAGAUCCGCAAGAACUGUCAAGAGUGCCUGGAGGCUGAAAAGGUGGUCUCUCCCUGUGUCUUCCUCCUUUCCAACUGGGAGCUGAGCAAGUAUGACUUUAUGCUGCUAGAGGAGACCUUGGAGAAAGAGCUUCCAAGCCACAAGAGACACGCCUUCCUCCUAGCCCUGCCCAACAUCUCUCUGGAAAUCUUAAAAAAGAAGAAAGAGGCCUUGCAGAAACAGAUUUGGAAGCUGGCUACUGUAUCGUGCGGUGUGGCAGCUGUGCCCAUCCCUGGUCUGUCUGUGGCCUGUGAUGUGGCUAUUCUGGUUAAGAGUCUCUCAAAGUACCGCCAGGACUUUGGCCUUGAUGAGGAGUCCCUAAAUAAGUUAUCAGAGAAGGUAGAGAAGCCUGUGGAAGAGAUCAAAACAGCGAUUAAGUCCCCAUUCGCCAAAGAGAUCUCCAAAGAUGUGGUGGUGAAGAUGCUCACCAAGGCUGGUGGUGGGGCAUUGAUGGCCGUAGAGUAUUUUGCUAGCACAGUGCCCAUAUUUGGUUCCCUGGCUGCUGGGGGGAUCUCCUUCGGAACCACCUACUACAUGCUCUGGAGUUUUCUCAACGAAGUAGCAGAAGAUGCUCAAAAUGUUCUCAUCAAGGCCUUUGAGUCUGAUGUUUGAAAGGCUUCUUGGGAUGUCCUCUGGCCAGUUUGGGGCAGAUGCUCAUUUCUAAAUGCCACUUCAGUGAAUACUAGUAGAGCUUUUUUUCCCCUUUGUUAGCCGAGAACCAGGCUCAUUGACUGGUGCAAGCAGGGAGGGGUAUGAAACUAUGAACACUGGCCCCUCACAGAACUGGGGUUUGCUCCUCUUUAUUUUUACGUCUGUUGCCAAGUUUAGUUCUUCUGGAUUCCAUCUAGGAAUUCUGAGAUGAUAUAUAAGUGGCUGAUGAUUCUCUAAAAUGAGAAUCCUCACCAAAGUGUUUGCAAAUUUAGUUUCCAGGGCUCCUCAGGAAAAGCUUUAUACCAGUAUGAAGGUGCUUUAAAUGUAUUGGACAGAGGUUCUCAAAACUUGAUGCUUCCUGAAUUGAGCACUUAGAACUCUUGGGGUCUGACCAGAGGCCUCCUUGCAAAGGGCCCAACUCUUUUACUGACAAGGCAAAAAAUCGAUUUUUAGUGUGACCUCCCUAGUGAUUUAUAAUUAAAAGUAUUUUAUUUGAUAGUAGUCUAGUUUAUGCUGUGAUAUUUCUGCAGAAGAUGUGGUUCCUUUGACUUCACCGGUGAAAUGUUUGCUUAUACAUGACUAGGUUGGGGAACUUAUUUUGUGGACACUUGAGAUAAAAGUCAGUUCCUUGAUGGCCCUGAUUUUUGACUGUUGUUUCAAUCCACAAUUUUAAGCUCUCUCCCCUCUUCUUCCAGCAGGGGGCAAGCAAAGACGCGGGAACACCCGCAAAGACUCCCAGUUGAAUGACUCCAACUUAAGCCUUCUGGCGUCCUUGGAAGGAAAAGUUAAUGUCUAAACCUGCUCCCAUCUUAUUUUCUUUCUAUUUUUUAAAACUUUUUUUUAAAAGAAGAAAAAUUAAAAGACUGUGGAAUUCCUUUUCAAGAUGAAGGGCCCAUAUUUUCACAAGUUUGGAGGUAGAUCUCAGGAAGUCCAAAAAUUAAACAUGCCUUCAUAAGUUAUCUAUAAGAUAACACUUGGUGGCCAUUAGCCACACAUUGAGAAAUCCUAGCCAAUUUGUUGGGUGAAUCUUUUACUGACUCUGCCCUUGACCCAGCAAUGCAAACAGCGGACCACAGAAUUUACUUUAUUGACCUGAGAUCCUGAACUCACUCUUGUGUUUUGACUGGAAAGGUUGUUAGACUUCAGAUUUUGUUUUAUAAACUGAAUUCACAUAAAACGU